AUGUCGAGCCACCAUCCCGGAGAGGGCUGGUCGGAGCGCAAUCCCGUUCCCACCGUGCAGCAGUACAGGGAGGAACAGGAAGCUCGCAUGCAGCAUCAAGAAGAUCUCCGUCGUGCUACAGCCAGCGCCAACGCCUCCAAGCUCGCCACCACCGAUGCUGACGAAUCGGCUCCUGGCACCCAGACCACAGGUGCUUCGGCCACCGGCGCUGCUCCUGCCAUUCAAGGCUCCCUCGAUGGUCUCAGACAGCGUCACAGCUCCUCUACCACCGACCAAAAGACUUCCACCACCGGAGCUUCCCAGGCUCCCAAGGAGGAUGAGGUUCACCAAGCUCCGGGAGGAGGUGCCGAGGAGAAGGAACGCAUCAAGAAGGCGCAGGCUCCGAAAGGCAAAGCCAACGAGUUCGAGGCCAAGGGCGAGCGAGUCGUCACCGAUCCCACCACCGGCCGAGACGUCCAGAUCCGCGAUGCUGCCGAGAACGCAAAAAUCAGUCCGGACAAGCUCGACUCCCGCUACGGUCCCGGCUUCUCUUCCCACGUGCCUAAGGACCCCUCCAAGCACCACCCGCUCCACACCUCGCCUUAUCCCGCCGAGCCCUCCAACGCCUUGCUCUACCGCUUCCCCGAGCCCGUCAAGAGCGAUGUCAUCCAGGGCAUGCAAUCCGCCUUCAACCAGCUCGCUAUCGGCCUCGGCGCCUGUCUGGCUCUCAUUUGGUUCUUCUUCGCCUUUGGCAACGGCUGGUGGAAGUUCCUCGUCCGCACUACUAUCUUGAUCGGCGUCGGCUUCUGUGGAUGGACCGGUCUCCACCUCCAGUCGCGCAAGAUCGAAAAGGAGCACGAAGCCAUUCGUGCCGAGAUGCACAAGCAGCGCGGUCAGAGCCUCUCGCCUCCCAUGCCCGAGAGUGUCGAGUGGCUUAACGCCGCCAUCGCCUGUAUCUGGAAGCAGAUCAACCCGGACAUGUUUGUGCCUAUGGCCGACAUGGUCGAGGACAUCAUGCAGCAGUCUUUGCCUGGCUUCAUCGAUGCUGUCAAGAUUGACGACAUUGGCAUCGGCGACAACCCUUUCCGCUUGGUUGCCAUGCGCGGUCUGUCAGACAUGAUGAGCGACAAGGAGUACCCUCGUGAGGAAUGGAUCGAUCAAGGCAAGAAGGACGAGCUCAAGGCCGAUAAGGAGAAGCAAAAAGCCGAGGAGCCAAAGGAAAAGGUCAGUGAUGCCAAGAAGGAACUCGAAGAGGUUGCCGACGCUGACGGCGACGGUAUCGCCGACGAGGACGAGUCCGGCGACUUCCUUAACUACGAGAUCUCCUUCAGCUACUCGGCUCGACCCGGCCAAUCCAACAAGGACAGAGCCAAGAACAUCCACCUCAUGAUCGAGUUCUUCAUCGGCGCCUACGACCUCUUCCAGAUCCCUCUGCCCAUCUGGAUUCAGAUCGAGCACAUCUCCGGUACCAUCCGUCUGCGUGCCCAGAUGGUGCAGCAGCCGCCUUACAUUCGCAACCUCACCUUCACGCUCAUGGGUGUUCCGAAGGUCGAGAUCUCCGCAAUCCCCAUGCUCAAGGCUCUGCCCAACGUCUUGGAUCUUCCGCUUAUCUCUGGCUUUGUCCAGUCGUCCAUCGCCGCUGCCGCCAACAUGUACGUCGCUCCCAAGAGCAUGACACUCAACAUGGCCCAGAUGCUUUCCGGAGACGGUAUCAAGAAGGACACGGACGCUGUUGGUGUCCUUGUCGUCGACAUCGAGUAUGCCCAGGAUCUCAGCGCGCAGGAUGCCAACGGCAAGAGCGACCCUUACGUCGUCCUCUCGUUCGCAAAGUUCGGUCGUCCUCUGUACAGUUCGCGCAUCAUCUUCGAGGACCUCAACCCCGUUUGGCAAGAGACCGCUUUCUUGUUGGUCAGCAAGGACGACAUCCGCGCCAACGAGUCGCUUUCGAUUCAGCUGUGGGACUCGGACGCGCGCACCGCCGACGACAUUGUCGGACGUGUCAACGUGCCCAUCAAGGAGCUCAUCCGCAAUGCCAACACGCCACAGGACCGCAAGGACAAGUUGAUGGGCUUCGAGGACGCCGACGAUAUGCCAGGCGAGCUCAAGUGGAAGGGAACUUUCUACGAGAAGGCCGACUUCAACAAGGCGCUGGUACCCAAGAAGAAGGAGGAGGACAUGAGCCAGGUCGAAAAGGAGACGCAACGUGGAGAAGGCUCGGCCAUCGAUUCUGCCGACGAGAAGAUCGCCCUCCACUGCCCUCCCGAUCCGCAGUACCCUUCGGGUAUCUUGAGCAUCAUCGUCCACCACAUCUCUGGCCUCGAGAACCGAGAAGUCGAGAAGGGUGUCAUGGGCAAGGAGCGCGAAGGCACCCACGGUCAGGACGUCGAUGCCAAGGCCGGUGAAGGCAAGGCACUUCCUAGCGGCUACGUCGAAUUCAUCGUCAACGACGACAUCGUCUACAAGACGCGUGUCAAGCAGUACACCAACAUGCCUUUCUACGAGGCAGGUACCGAGGUGUUCGUUCGCGACUGGACCCGCACCGAGGUGCGUCUCGCCGUUCGAGACGCCCGUCUUCGCGAGCACGACCCGAUCAUGGGUAUCGUAUCGUUGGAUCUGACGGAAGUGCUGAGCGAGUCGUCGCAGGUGACGCAGUCGUUCUCGCUUCAGGAUGGUGUCGGAUUCGGCAAGGUGCACUGCAGUCUCGUCUUCCGCAGCAUCAAGGCUCAGCUGCCCAAGAAACUGCUCGGUUGGGAUACUGCCACGGUCGAACUGCUCUCCGAGAUCGAGAUCCAGGGAGACGAGAAGCUCAAAUCCAAGAAGAUCAAGGUAUCCACCGGCGACGACACGCAGAAGAUCUACCCGGGUCAACCCAUCCCCGACGAUGCCGAGACGCUCGUCCGCCUGCCCGUGUACGACCGAUACAGCUCUCUGCUCACCUUCGACCUCGGUGGUGGUGGACUGUCGUUGGGACCCCUUGGCGGCAAACCCGACGCUGUCGCCGUCGCGGGGCUGUGCGACAUCGCUGAUGGAGAGGUCGUCGAUCUCGAGCUCGACAUCUUCGCCGGAGACAACCUCGGCACGCUCAAGCGCAACUACAUCAACGAGCAGACGCACAAGACGCACAAGUUCGAAGUCGUCGGCAAGCUGCGCGUCAAGGUUCGCAUCGAUGCGGGACUCGACGACGACCACCUGCGUCUCGUGGAGCGUACCACGGGCAGGAAGGACAAGCACGAGUUUGACGUCUACAACCGAUUGGAGGGUAUGCCCAACCGAGCGGUGGAGAACUCGCACGCCAACGACGACGGCGUCAUCGACCGCAAGGAGCAGAAGCAGAUCGACAGGAGUAAGAAGGAGGCCCUGCACUCUAGACACCGCGGGGCGAUGGGUUAUGGAGGUGCCAGGUCGGCGGUCUGGGCUAAGGACGGAAUCAGGGAUAGGAUCCGAAGGGUCUCGUCCAAGAUUUCCGGUAAGAAGGGUCGUGAUCAGACCAUCAAGUCGGAGGCCUGA